AUUUUCUAUUGCGCACCUCGUGUUCAUAACCUAUUUAUCACGCGCGCAAAGUGACGCUUUGAAUACAAGAAACAUAAUACCACUAUUAACAUAUUUAUUGAAAUACAGUGAAGCGAAUAAAUGUAUAAAAGAUGAAAAUGAAAGCGAUUAUCGAAGAGGUGAUUGUACAACCGGAUAAGAUUCAACCAAUUAUUGUGGACUUCCAAAUUGGCAAGCUCAAGGAUGACGAAGUCAAAAGCAUGUCAUGUGGCUUGUUCCGUGAUCAGACACGAGACAAGACUGUAUUGGCACUGUCGAAUGGACGUAUCGUCUACAAAGGUUACGAGCCAGAUCCUGAGAAGGAGUCUGUAAGAACAAUGUUAGUGUUACACAACAAAAAAACAGGCAAAGUAAGAUUGAUCGAAGCAGAACGAUGGCAAGUAACUCCGGUACUUGACAAGCCUGUUAUCGAAGACAGUAGACACAACGUGGACGAGAAGAUAGUAAUGUUGAACAAGCAGUUUGGAUCCAAGAAAGUCAAACGUAGGACAGAGCAAUUUGAAAAGAUGAAGGUUGAUGUUGACGCUGUUAAGGAUCAGCUUGAGAAGGCAGUACUGAAUGUUGAAAUCGAUAAGAUGGAUUUGUCAAACCAACUACCAGCCAAUGAAUCUGCCGAGGCUGCACUUUUACCACCGUGCAAUAGGGACGCAACUAAUGUUAAGGACGUGUACAACGUAUACGAUAUCAUUCCAAGAAGCAAACUUGAAACGUUAUAUGAACACGCAAUGGAGGUUCUUAAUGGAAAUGUGGAAGGGAAGAGUAAAUUUUUCAAACACACCUUGAGAAGCAUACAAUCGGAUCUAGACAACGCGAACAAAAUUGCUCUUCUGCUUUACAUCGAAAUGAUCAACGCAUGGUUUGUCAUGCCUCUAAGGGACGCGAAGAAACGUGACGUUGUGGUGUGCCAGGUUUCCGAGGAAGUAAACCAGUAUAUUAUUGACACAUACAGCGUAGCUAGUGCGAACGGACGGUCGAGACCGAAUACCAUGAAGGACAAGGGCCUUAUACAUUGUAUGAUCCUCGCGCUGACAGUAUCGAACUUCAUGUUGGACUUGGAUUCGUUUCGAGAAAUGUUGGGGAUACGAACCAGCUUGAAGAAACUGACGGAUCUCGCGAAGAUUAUUGGUGCGACAGCUUCUAAGGAAGACAAGAAGGUCAUGGUACUGAAAGUCCCGUUGCCAAAGCCCAGUAAGCUUACUGAGAAGGAGAGAGAGGAGAGCCUGACUCCGCUGAAGGCAACGGGAUGGAUCGUUCAGUCCAACAGAGACGCGAUUUACAAGGAGUUUGCAUUCAAUGAUUUCAAUGAGGCUUUUGGAUUUAUGACCAGAGUGGCUUUGCAAGCAGAGAAGAUGAAUCAUCAUCCCGAAUGGUUCAACGUUUACAAUAAAGUGAACAUUACUCUGUCGUCUCACGAUGUAAAUGGAUUGUCACGGAGGGAUGUGAAACUGGCGAGUUUCAUAGAUACGGCAGCAGCUGCUGCUGCUCAAAAAUAAGUCUCUCGAUGUCUACUGAUCUGUCAAGGCUCUGUGUACAUGCAUUAUACGAUGUAAAAGGAUCUUAUUGUUGAUUUGUAACAUAAAUAUUAAUCAUAUCUUUUUUUAAUUCAUAUAUAUAUAUAUACACAUACACAGAUAGAAAGAAAAUUAUAUAUUCUAAAUUACGAUACGUUAUAUAUUUUCAAUAUUAAUAUAUUUAAUGUUGACUCCAAGAUGAAAUAUAAAAGAUCUCAUAGGUAGCAUAAGAAGGCAAACACUUUUCAGUAAUGUACAAUUUAUUCCUGAAUAAUUUACAUAAACUAUCUUAACAAUUUCUUAAUACAUAGUGCAAAA